AUGGAAGGACCAUUAAGCCAUGCAGAUGUGAAGGAAACAGCACUUCCUCGAGCGUCCAACGGGUCACGCAACAACAGUCCUCACCAGUACGGCAACCAGGGGCACGUCCGGGUGGUCCAAAGCAGGCCCAAGCCCCAAUGCUGGGAGCAUGGAUGCAAUGGCCGCCAGUUCUCGUCCUUUAGCAGUCUCCUCCGCCACCAGCGUCAGAGGUCUGGUGACUUUGAGGCGAGCUGCCCGGACUGCGGCGCCAAGUUCAACAGGGUCUCCGCGCGGAACGAGUUCGGCCUUGAUUAUGUCAACCCGCUUGCAACCAAUGACGUGCUGAAUGACUUUGACUUUGACUCCUUCCUCCACGAUAACGAAGGUGACGCAGGCGGGUUUGACUUUUCUUCUGCCGCUGCAAACUUCAUGGAUCCAGAUUCAGAAGUCGAGACAGAGACUUCGACCGUGGAACAGCAACAUGGCGGCAUACGGGCGGCGAUACAGAGGGUGGCCAGCCAUCUCGACCCCAACGCGCCCAUUCGGCUGCAGCCAAGCCCUGUAUACUAUCCUCCGCCGGCGGACGGGGGCGGCCUUAUGGAUCCGGCUUCCGCCCGCGCUGGCGAGAGGUCAUCGUAA